UCCUCUGAAGUCAGCUCAGGGAUGCAAUCACCUACCACCAUAGGGAGCCAACACGGAAUCAACGUAUUCACGGUUUAAAGGGACUGAAUUUUGAGCUACGUUUUGUUUGUGCUACUUAAAGUUCACAAUUAAAUUAAAGAACUGUGUCACGUCAGAUUAGAAUGGAAUUAUAAGAACUUUUGUAUCUAGAGAUACUGAACUUUCUUUUUUUUUCUUUCUUAUAAUCAGUUUUUUUUUCUUUUCAUAUCUAUUCAUUGUUAAUAAUCAUCUUUUGUAAAUAAAUUUGUAAAUAUUGUAAAGGGUGUUGAUUUGUUCUGAUGGUUACUGUCGCCGGUACGGCCUUUCCUGUCACACACUGGACCACUGCGUCCGCUCAUAUAUACCACAUUUUGCAGUGAAUAUCACUUUUUAUGGACCUGUGACCAGCUACAUAAAUGAGAUAAGUCAUAAAAUAAUGCACUGUUACAAUAUCCCUAGAAAUACGUGGUAGGUUAGGGUCCUAGAUCAUAAACUUAUUGAAUAGCUUGCAGGUCAAUAUAUUGGGAGUAUUAUCUGAGGUUCGAAGGACCGAGGACCAAGAGCUAUUACUACUAUUAACCGGUAUCUCAUUCAGUACUUUUUUUAUUACAUAACAGCAGAAAUUAUUUUUUCAUUUUUUUGCCUUAUUAGCCCAGAAAACAUGUUUUGAAUAUAGACUGGUCAGAUAACACAAACUAUGCACCGGCGAUUUAGAUAGAGUCCAGUAAUAAUCUAUGUUAUAUAUGAUAACCAUUACUGUAGCUAAACGUUUUGUAUAGUUCUCCUUCAAAUUUACAUUUAAGAAUUUAUUCUAUGUAGCCCGGAGAACUUAUUUUACAAAAUUCAGUGGAAUACUUAUGACUACAUGCUUUUUGAUGAAGUAAUGAAAUAUAGUUAUAAGAUACAUACUUGCUGCUUUUUUGAUAUGUUUUAUUAAGCGUAUUCAGUGAUACGGAACUACAAAAUCAUGAAAAUUUGGUUAAAAUAGUUGAAAUAAUGUAAUAAAAGAAAAUGCGUUUGUUCUACACGCAAGAUCAAAAUAUCCAUCUUUUUUCGUAAACACCUAAGGGAAGGGAGAAAAUGAGUUCUUAACAUAACUCGUCUCUCAAUACAAUGUAUUAAGUUUCUUUAACAACUGAAAUGGGAACAAAAAGGAGGACUCGUCAUGCCACCGGUUUCUCGAGCAUGUUUAAAUGUAUUUUGACUCACGAGUGAAACAAACAAAUACCCUGUAUAUGUUUUAAGAAAUUUAAGGACAAAAGAACUGUGAAAUUAAAUCUCUUUUAACAUUUUACAUCUAAAUUUCUAUCUUAGCACCUCUUCAUAAUGGAUUAUCGAAUUUCAGGUUUAUCCUUAAUUCUGUUCCUUGAGACAAACGAGUAUCUGAAAGGAAUAACAACUGGAUAUGGAAUGCGGGUAAACAUACAGAAACCGAGUACAUACCCGUUUCCGGCAGAUGAGGGUAUGUACAUCCCAGCGUCUAUGGAAACAGAUAUCGCUUUAAAGCUGGUGAAUAUAACACGGCUUGGUGGUAACUAUGGAGACUGCAAUGACGGAGUUGAAUUUAGGAAGCUAUAUAAUACGACAUAUACACGAAGGGCGUGCCAGUCAUUUUGUCAGAUGUCUACAGUAUUCAAGGAUUGUUCCUGUUUUGACGUCUACUGGGAAGAAUUUGCAUUCUCUGAGAACAAAAACCUGAAGCCAUGUAGAAGCAAAACCGAAAUAACAUGUCUUCUGGACAUAGAACGGAAGUAUUAUGCAGGAAACCUCACGUGCAGCUGUGUAAACCCGUGCAGUGAGGCCAGUUACAGAAAGGUCAGCAGUCAAAGGCAAUGGCCGUCAAACGAAUAUGCUAGAGUGUUACUAGAGUGGGUAUGUGACCGGGACAUAAAAACUUGCGAAAUACUUAGGAAUGACCUUGACAAGCUCUGGGCAGUCAACAACAACUUCUUGAAGCUGAACAUAUAUUUUGAAGAUCUUAACUUCGAAAAUAUCACAGAGACAGCAGAGAUUGAGGUAAGUUUGACUUAACGGAUGAAAAACUAU